UUAGUGACCUAUGAUCUUUAGUUGCGUAUCAGGCGUGUGUCGAGCGGCAUGGCUUCGUCGGCGAAAAGGCGAGCAGUUGGAGUGCGACAGGAGCCCGAAGAGAGUGGAAGCGAGUCCUCGGAAGGGAGCUUCGGGGAGGGCGGCGACUCGGGGGAGGAAGACAGCAAUGAUUCAGAUGAAGAGAUCAACGAGGAGGUUAUAGUGGAUUUUGAAGCCCAUACCAUCUCAGAUAAUGAUUUCAACGGGAUAAAAAAACUGCUCCAACAGUUGUUCUUAAAGGCUAAUGUAGAUGUGUCGGAGCUGACCGACAUCAUCAUACAGCAGAACCACAUUGGUAGUGUCAUCAGGCAAGGGGAGGUUGAGGACAGUGAUGAUGAAGAUGAUGAUGAUGAAGUGUUUGGAUUCAUCAGCAUGCUGAACCUUACAGAGAGAAAGGGCGUUCCCUGUGUGGAGCAGGUCAAGGAGCUGCUGCUGGCCCAGUGUGAGAAGGUCUGUCCCCACGGCGUGGUGGAGGAGCUGGAGAAGACGCUGAAGGACACAGGGAAGCCGGUGGGGCUGCUCCUCAGCGAGCGUUUCAUCAAUGUGCCCCCCCAGAUCGCCCUGCCCCUGCACAAGCAGCUCCAAGACGAAAUAACAGAGGCGCAGAAGACCAACAAGCCAAGCGGCAAGUACCGUUACUGCCUGAUGAUCAGCAAGACAUACAUGGCAGAGAAGAAGACUGGGCAGAAAGAGGAGCUGAUGUUCUGUAACGCCGAGGAGGAGUUCUUCUAUGAGCAAGCGACCACAAAGUUCAACUAUUCAGUCCAGGAGGAGGCUGAUUCCUGCCUGGGCGGACGAUGGUCCUUCGACGACAUCCCUAUGAAGCCUUUUCGCACGGUGAUGCUGAUUCCUUCAGACCGGAUGGUUGUCAUCAUGGACAAACUUAGGGAGUACCUGACUGUUUGAGGAUGUCCAACACCAAAAAAAAUAAACGUCAUUUAUUUGCUCUGUUAUUGUAUAUGUUACCCCUGUGUCGAAAAUGUGGGGUAGUCUUGUCGAUAGUCAUUGAUUGACAGUCGGGGAUCUCAACAGGAAUGUCUUCAGAUGAAUUUGGCAUACAUGAUCAUAUUAAUUUUGCCGAUUUUAAUCAUUCUUGCAACAUACAUGGUGUGAAAUUUACUUUUCUCCAUCUAGAUACCUGAAUAUCUUUUGAUAUUGCGACAGAUUACUAUCCACUCUUUUGAAAGAUCUCACUAUCCAUGUAUCCCACUGUCCAAUAAUUUAUUUCUUAAUAAAGCAUAUACUCAUAUUUACAAA